AUGGGUCUUUUCCAGAAGGUCGGCCUCCGUCGCUCAAAUAAAUGGGAGAGCCUCACCAUUCUUGAUCACCUUCUCAAUUCACCGUUGGAAGCGAUAGCGCUAUGCAUAUAUUGGCUCGUGACGUCAGUACGCGGCAGCCCUCUGCGACCGCCACGGAACAAAAGGCCCGUCAGGGUGGUCUGUUUAUCUGAUACACACGACGGGAUCGUGGACAAUGUUCCGGAAGGCGACCUACUUAUACACGCCGGUGACUUGACGAACAACGGGACAGCCACUGCGAUUCAGAAGCAGAUAGACUGGCUGGCCACUCUCGGUCAUGAGCACAAGGUCUUGAUCGGGGGAAACCACGACUGCCAUUUAGACGAGACCUGGAGAUUCCGCAACAGUAAAGCAAGCUUGGAUCUCAAGGGCAUUGAAUUAUUAGACACGGGAAUUACGGAGGACAAUACGGAGCCUUUAGUCUUGGAGUUUGAUGGCGAACGCAGAAUCACCAUCUGGGGUUCAUCAAGGCUACCAAGAUGCGGAGCCGACCGCAACAAUGCAUUCAUGUACGAUGCCGGCAGUGACACGUGGAACAAUGCCAUCCCCCGCGGUACCGAGAUCCUCGUCACUCAUACACCGCCAGCAUAUCACUUGGAUCUUGGCUUGGGCUGCCCAAACCUACUCAAGGAGAUUUGGCGCGUCCAACCCAAAUUGCACGUAUUUGGUCAUGUGCACUGCGGCCGCGGCGUCCAGCCUGUCUAUUGGGACGACUGCCAGCGCGUAUACGAGCGAUUGUGUGCACGCCAGCCCUGGCUAAUCACCAAACUGCCGUUUGAGGUUGUAGCGGUCCUUCCAAGGGCCCUCAUCGACCUUGUCCCAAGCUACCGCUGGAUCGACAUCACCAAGGUCAUGUUUUACGGGUUCACCAGUCUCGUCUGGUAUUUCCUCAUGCAGGGUGGCAGGACGACCGGCCACGAGGGGUUGAUGGUCAAUGCAGCAUGCCAAGAUAGAAAUACUGGAAGGCUCACGAAGAAGGCGCCGUUUGUCAUCGACAUAUGA